UUUUUUAAGGAAUAAAUAGAAAGAUGCUGAUGGAAUCUUGAAAAGUUCUCGCCCUCGUGGUAAGAACUAUGUUGAGCCUUGUGAACGCUGCGAAGCUUAGUUCAUCUGCAAGCGUACUUGACACUUCAUUCGAUUCCAUUCUUUCGGAGACAUCGUCGUCGUCUUCGGACUCCCAUUCAAAUUGUCUAAGAGAGAUACACGCAACUCGGAUUUAUGAAGUAUCGCGUUAUUCGUCCACGGAUGAUGACAGCUCGGAAGCUGACGUUUUUGAUGACGAAUCAUCUGACGACAGUGAGCCUGACACCGAGUCAGUCGGUCACAGCAUUGUGGAGUCGUCCCACGGAGACGUUAUCCUCGUAGAUAGCGACGAUAGCUCGUGUAUCGAGUAUGUGGGUGACGGAGAGAGUGACCAAGAUGAAGGAGAACCCGUAUCUUGGCUCUUCGAAGCCAGAGCGGAUCCUGAUUUGGGUUUGAAGCGGUCUACCUGUGUAGAAUGUGGCCGUGAUGUUGUUGGCCUAAGUUAUCAUCAUUGCCGAAAAUGUUGGAAGAAAUGGCGGUCAUUCUAUUCCGACGGGUUCUCCAUGAAGUUACGCCGGCCCACAACGCUGAAGCGAGUGUUCCAAGAAGUAGAAAGCAGUGACAGUGAUGCGUCUUCUUCAAAUAAGUCAGCCAGACUGAAUGAUUCAAAAUCAAGUUCCCAAUCGUCCGUCGAAUCGAUCUCAGAUAUCGUACCUGGGAACUCGUCGAAAAUACCCGAAAAAUGCCUGAUGUGCCAGGAAGCCCCGAGUGAAAUGUCGAUUGAGCAUCCAAAAGUCCUCCAUCAGUGCGUUUGUCGGAAAUGCGCAAGAGCUAUCAAAUGUUUGCCGAAGGAUCUCCAGAAAUGUCCGUUUUGUGGACGGCGUUUCACCGGUAUAACCAAAGUUUUUUGAAGUGAGAGUGAGUGAAUGAAUGUGAAGCGGUCUUCAUUUUUUCCCCUGCUUUUCUGUUCGCCGAUGAAGGAAAUUGCAUCUGCUGUUCGCUCUUUGAAGGUACGUGAUUAAAACUAUGUUCCUUGGAAA